AUGCACGAGUUUGAGCUUGGUGUAUGGAAGUCAACCUUCACCCAUCUCAUCUGUCUUCUCUUUUCCAUCAGUCACUCAGCCGUUGCUGAUUUAGAUGCAAGGUAUCGUCAAAUUCUUCCCUUUGGCCAAGGAAACAUUUGCGCAUUCGUUACAAAUAUAUCUGAGAUGAGAAAAUUAGCAGCAAGGAACUUUGAGGAUAUACUGCAGUACUUUAUGCCGGCUUUCAAAGGCUUAUUUCCCCCAGAGCACGAUAAAAUAGUACAAACCCUCCUUUUCCGACUGUCUGAAUGGCAUGCACUUUCCAAGUUACAUAUUCACACAAAAUCUACUCUGGAAUUACUAGACACGGCGCUUAAAGCCCUUUGCAAGCAAGCCCGCCAAUUUCAGGACAUUACAUGUUCAGCUUUCAAGACAAUGGAAUUACCACGUGAAAAGGCUGCUUGUCUUUGGAGGCUGAAAGACAAACCCACUCUGAGUAAGGCAGAAGGGACCGGUACCCGUAAUAAGGGUGAAUUAGCACAUCGCUUGGUUAAACACUUUUAUAGGCGUACCAACAAAACGCAAGUCAUAAAGCAGCUUUUGAUCCAAGAGCUGCGCCUCAGGAGGAUGAUGCGUAAUGAGCCAGAACCUACCUUACACCCUCACCAUCAAGCUCCCAAAGACACCCACAAUAAUGAAGGUGUUGAAAGGCAGGAACAAGGGUCCAACAUCCAGGUGCACCAUCACAUAUUGUCAUAUCGUCAUAACCCCUUGGAUCUCCACUCAUUCCUUGGGAAGUUCCCUGUGGACAACCCUGCAAUAAUGUCAUUCAUUCCUCAAUUAAAAAGCCACUUACUAGGAUGUGUCAUGAAUCUCGAAUAUGAUGGAGACAAAACUGACUUCACGCCCCUGCAGCGGAAUGAUCUUCAAAUAGUCAAUAAUCAUAUAUAUUUGAUGCAGCUUUUUCAAGUAAACUAUGUUACAUAUAAUGUCAAGUGCGAUAGAGACUCACUCAACCCUCGCAUUGGUUGCAAUGUCAUGGUGAAGUCUCACGAGAAAAACGCAUCCCACCCCUUUUGGUACGCUAGGGUUUUUGGAGUGUUCCAUACUCAAGUUCUCCAUGUUGGACCAAACACCAUCAACUCCUCCGUUCAAUACAUGGAAUUUUUAUGGGUACGUUGGUAUGCUAAGGUGACUGGACACAGAUUGGGUUUCAAGGUUGCUCAGUUACCCAAGAUUGGUUUUGUAGAUUUGGGGGAUAAGGUCUCUCAAUUUGGCUUCUUGGACCCUUUGCUGGUUAUUUGCAGCUGUAACCUCAUCCCCGCCUUCCAUGAUGAACAAACCUCUGCCUUAUUGAGGCCAGGCCCAUCUGCUAGCCAUGCUCCUGACCAACCAACCACCAGUGGGGCAAGGUCAGCAGAGAAAAGGCUGGCAUUUGAUGGGGUCCAGGUGAUGGAGGACAAAGACGAGGUUGACCCCGAAGAGGAGGAUAUGGACAUCAAUGCCGUGGAAAUGGACUUUGAUGAUGGGGAGUUUGAUGACAACAACAAGGACAAGCCUGAUAUAUUUGACAAUUUUGAUGACUUAUGA